ACCAAGAAAGCUGAACUAUUACAAACCAGAUUGAUAUUUCAAUUAAACUUCAAUUUCUCCCACAAGCAUAUAUGUCUAUAUAGUUCCUUUUUUCGUUUGCAGAAUGCUUCGAAAAGAUGAUUAAAAUUUUGGGUUGUCAAUAUUUCGAUCUUCCAAUGUUUCAUUCAAGCUUGUUUGUUUUGCUUCUCAACUGUGUGGUCUUCCAUGUUGAAUCACAAGCCCCAGAUGCGUCUUCUGAUGAAGGAAAUAAAUAUCAAUUAGGUGUUCAUAUGGUUAUCGGUGUUCUAUCUAUCAUGUUUUCGUUAACUUUUGCGCUCCUAGUGUAUGCCAAAUACUGCUAUAGAAGAGUUCCUGUUCGACAAAACAGUCUCCUGGAAACAGGACUUAUGAGUAGUAGUUCUCGGUUCUCUGGGAUUGACAAGACAGCGAUUGAGGCACUUCCCUUUUUCAGAUUCUCUUCUCUCAAAGGGUCAAAGGAAGGUCUCGAAUGCGCAGUCUGCCUAUCGAAAUUUGAAGAUAUUGAGAUUCUUAGAUUGCUGCCAAAAUGCAAGCAUGCUUUUCACAUCAGCUGCAUUGAUCACUGGCUGGAAAAGCACUCGAGCUGUCCUCUCUGCCGGCACAGGGUUAGCUCUGAGGAUCUUACAUUCGAUACCUUCUCAAAUAGCAUGAGGGUCUUGUCGAAUAACCAAUCAGAGAAUCAACAUGACUCGAGCAUAGAUCUCUUUGUUCAGAGAGAGGAAGAUCGCUGCGGUUCUUCAAGAUUCAGCGUAGGACGCAGCUUUCGAAAAAGCAAAAACGUGGUUGAGAAGGAAGAUGAAUUGUUAAUCAAGGAAGAAGCUGCUCGUAGUGAUGUGACAAAAGAGGAUGACAAAAUCCUGCACAAGCAUAAACACAAGAUUCUUUUUUCUGCUCUCGAGUUCAACAACAGAUGGAGCAAUCUGAGUCCAUCUGAUCUUAUGUUCUUGAAUUCGGAGAUGCUCAACACGGUGUCAAGCAACAGAUUUUCUCCCACAAAAUUAAACGAUGAGCAGUUUUUGACCGCGAAAGCAACGGGAAAUGAGGAGAUUAUGAAGAUCAGGGAGGAGAUGGAGAUUAAAAGAUUGAUUGAGAACAAAGUUAGCACAAUGAACAAAAACAGUCCAGCUACAAAGUCAGUUGUUCCCUCUACAUCAGAUACUACAGCAACUUCAGCUCAUGCCUUGAGUUCUACGAAUCUAGGAGGGAAAAGAUCAAUGUCCGAAAUCACUGCUCUUCCGAGAUUUGGGAACUUGGGCUCCAAGGACAGGACCAGAGAGCCUUCACUGCUCGAAAACAAUGCGAAAGAGGAAAGAAUGAGGCGGCUUUGGAUGCCGAUUGCCCGAAGAACAGUCCAGUCGUUUGCCAAUAGAGAGAAAAGGUGUCCACAGCCCUUAGAUGUAUGAUGAUUUUGGUAUCAAUUCAUGCUUUCAGUUUCCAUAGAUUUUAGGUACUUUAUUCAC